AUGAGUAUGAUAGAAGAUCAAUUUGAUGAUGAUAUCAGCAAUUUGUUGAACGAGCUACAGUUGUCAGAAAAUAAUGAUCCUUUAGAACCAACAACAAAGACAACCUGGGAAAAAGCAGAUGUUUCUAAUUCAAACGAGGCAUUGAAGUCUAAAUAUCUAAACCCAUCUUCUUCACUUCCAUGGGAUCUACUUGAUGUAAUCCAACAUGUCCCCGAGAAAGAUCCAAAAGACCUAUAUGAUUCAUUGUUGAAAGUGCCAAAUAGUAUAUCACGUUCGGGCUAUAGAUUAAAAAGAAGAGGUAUCAAAGGUCAAGUUUAUACUUACAAAGAGGAAGUUGAUGCUGUUGAACUACAACAAUCGAAUGCUGCCUCUUCAUUGUCAUUGAAUAGAAAAUUCACAUCCAAGGAAUCUGCGCUUAAAGGUAGCACAAGUUAUUUACCUUUCCAACCAGGUGGUAUCACUACAAAAGCUAAAUCCACUGAUAUUACAUCAUUACUUCAUAGAGAUGGUGAUGGAUUGUUCGAUAUUCCACAAGGUCUUUCUAGAGGCUUAAAUAUUGGUGGACAAAACUCAGUUGCAGCCGUCAAAGAAUUGGAUAAUAUUGUGGAUGAUGAAGGAGAUGAGAACGAAAAUCAGAACAUAAAUUUAGAGGAUGGUGAUGACCUUAUCCAAAGUGUUGAUGAGAUUGCUUCAAAAGAAUCCAGGAAUAAAUCAACAGCUGAUUCGGGACUUAUGAAAGAAAUCGAUGAGUUAUUACCAGUCGAUAUCAAUUUUGGUCGAACUAUAGCAGCAAAAGACACAACUACUAUAAAACGUAAAGAUUGGGCACACGUUGUUCAUUUGAAUCAUAAAAUUGAAAAUUUCCAUGAACUCAUUCCAAAUAUGGCUAGAGAAUGGCCCUUUGAAUUGGAUACUUUCCAACAGGAAGCUGUUUAUCAUUUAGAACAAGGUGAUUCGGUUUUCGUUGCUGCGCAUACAUCUGCCGGUAAAACUGUUGUUGCAGAAUAUGCAAUUGCAAUGGCUAACAGAAAUAUGACAAAAGCUAUUUAUACAUCGCCUAUUAAAGCUUUAUCAAAUCAAAAGUUUAGAGAUUUCAAACAUGAUUUCCCAGAUGCAGAUGUUGGUUUAAUUACUGGUGAUGUUCAAAUUAAUCCAGAAGCUAAUUGUUUAAUUAUGACUACUGAAAUUUUAAGAUCAAUGUUGUAUCGUGGGGCUGAUUUGAUCAGAGAUGUUGAAUUUGUUAUUUUUGAUGAAGUUCAUUAUGUUAAUGAUAUAGAUAGAGGUGUUGUUUGGGAGGAAGUUAUUAUUAUGUUACCUGAUCAUAUCAAGUUUAUUUUGUUAUCAGCUACUGUCCCAAAUACAUUUGAGUUUGCUAAUUGGAUUGGUAGAACUAAGCAUAAGGAUAUAUAUGUUAUUUCUACACCAAAGAGACCAGUGCCUUUAGAAAUUAAUAUUUGGGCCAAGAAGAAGUUAUUCAAAGUUAUUGAUGCAGAAAAGAAAUUCAUUGAAAAGAACUUCAAUGAACACAAAGAACUUUUACAGGGUCCAAAGCCUGGGACUGUUUCAAAUGGUCGUGGUGGAGGUAAUACAGGUAGAGGAGGUCCAGGACGUGGUGGACAAAGAGGUGGAGGCCAAAGAGGCGGUGGACAAAGAGGCAGCGGCGGUGGACGUGGUGGUGGACGUGGUGGAUUUGGUAACUCGAAUAAUGGUAAUAACUUUAAGAGAUUUCAAGUUGAUCGUCCAAACAAAAAUACUUGGAUUGAGCUUGUUCAAUACUUGAAUAGUAAUAAUUUACUUCCUGCUGUUGUUUUCGUUUUCUCCAAGAAGAGAUGUGAAGAAUACGCAAAUACAUUGACUAGUAUUGAUUUCUGUAAUGCAAAGGAGAAAUCUCAAAUUCAUAUGUUUAUUGAUAAAGCAGUUGCAAGAUUGAAAAAAGAAGAUCGUGAAUUACCUCAAAUCAUAGCCAUUAGAGAAAUGUUGAGUAGAGGUAUUGCAGUCCAUCAUGGUGGUUUACUACCAAUUGUUAAGGAAGUUAUUGAAAUUUUAUUUUCUAAAACUUUGAUCAAGGUAUUAUUUGCAACUGAAACUUUUGCUAUGGGUUUGAAUUUACCAACAAGAACUGUUGUUUUCAGUGAAUUGAGAAAACAUGAUGGUACGGGUUUCAGAGAUUUAUUACCAGGUGAAUUUACACAAAUGUCAGGUAGAGCUGGUCGUAGAGGUUUGGAUAAAACUGGUACUGUUAUUACAAUGGCUUACAACGAGCCAUUAAGUUCAUUACAAUUCAAAGAUGUUACAUUAGGUGUCCCAACAAAAUUAGUAUCACAAUUUAGAUUGACAUAUAAUAUGAUUUUGAAUUUGUUAAGAAUUGAAGCUUUAAGAGUUGAAGAAAUGAUUAAACAUUCCUUCAGUGAAAAUGCAUCCCAAACGUUACUACCAGAACAUCAAAAGAAAGUUGUGGAGCUUGAAUCCAAAUUUGAAGAUUUAGAACUUGAUCCAGCUGAUCUUGAUCCAGAUUCAGAUAUUCAAAAAGCUCAUGGUGCUAUGAUUAGAUAUAAACAAUUGACAUCUCAAAUUAUGAAUGAAGCUUUGAAUAAUGCACUUUUAUCCAAACAGUUUAGAGUUGGUAGAUGGAUCAUUUUCAAAGAUGGUAAAGGUUUGUCAAGAGCUGGUAUUAUUUUGAAGCAAAGUAACAUAUCAGGGGUUCCAACAUUUUCAACUUUGUGUUUCAAAAUGGGGUCUGUCGAAGAUGAGAAACCAAAUGGAUUACCAUAUAUCACAGAAAUUCAAGGAUUUAUUAGAAAACAUUUCACAAAAAUUCAAUAUCAUGGAGGUCUUCAUGUCCGUGAUGUGUCUAUAAAUGAUAUUGAGCUCUUAACAAGAUUGAGUGUUAAUGCAAGUUUAAAUGAAGUGUUGAAAAAUAAUCAAGAACAAAUUGGUGUUCUGGCCGAUAAUGUUCAAUUAUUAUUGAGAUUCCAACAUAAAUUAGGUGAAAUUGAUUGGAACAAGUUUGCAACUCUGAAAUUACACGAAUUGGUCAAAGAAAGGGAAGAUAUUAUUCAAGUUAUCGCUCAGAACCCUGUUAUUGAAGAUCCAAAUUUUACAAAAAAAUUCAAUAAAAUUCAUGAGAAAUACCAAAUCUCACAAGAAAUUGAUUCAUUGAAAGCUAUGUUAUCAGAUGAAAAUCUUGAAUUACUACCUGACUAUGAACAGAGAUUAGAAGUUUUGAAAGAAUUAGGAUUCGUUGAUCAUAAUUUAAAUGUUGUUAUGAAAGGUAGAGUUGCCUGUGAAGUUAAUAGUGGUUGGGAAUUAGUCGUUACAGAACUAGUUCUUGACAACUUUUUAGGUGAUUUUGAACCUGAAGAAAUUGUUGCCUUAUUAUCAGCGUUUGUUUAUGAAGGUAAAAUUAAUGAAGAAGAAGAUGCAAAGAUUACACCAAGAUUAGAGAAGGGUAAACAACGUAUUUCAGAUAUCAUGCAAAAUGUUUUGGAUGUCUAUAGUAAACAUCAAGUCACUUUAACAUCAGAAGAACAAGAAUUUUUGGAAAGAAAGAGAUUUUCUUUAGUCAAUGUUGUUUAUGAAUGGGCUAGAGGUAUGAGUUUCAAAGAAAUUAUGGAAUUAAGUGUUGAAGCUGAAGGUACAAUUGUUAGAGUCAUCACAAGAUUAGAUGAAGUUUGUAGAGAAGUUAAAUCUGCAGCUUUAAUUAUUGGUGAUUCUUCCUUACAUUCUAAAAUGAGUACUGCCCAAGAAAAGAUUAAGAGGGAUAUUGUUUUCUGUGCAAGUUUAUACUUGUGA